AUGUUAUUAUUAUUCACUAAAAGUGCAAGGGAGAAGAAAUAAACAAAAUUUUAUGUUAAAUAUCGAAUUUUUUGCAAACUGGACAAGAACGAAGUAUUUCGAGGUUUUCUCCACGAAGGAAAGGACUGGAAUUUUUUCAAAGGUGAUAUUUGGGAUCACCUCUUCAAGGGCUAUCGACUGAUGUAUGCUUCAUACAGAUAUAUCAUCUGCUGAAACUUUGAAUUACCCGCGCCUUAGAUGAAAGAUGUCUAUAUCUUAUGUUAUUUUAUCUUCACAGUUGUUAUUGGCUGUUACUAGAACAGAAUCAUUCCUUUAUCUUCGUCAACUGGAUUUUCUCUAUCGAGGGUGAUCGUCUAUGUAGACAGUACUUAAUCCAGUCAUUCUACGACUUUACAUUAGAGAACUAGCAAAUAAGGAGUUAUCUCUUUCUUCAAAAGAUAUCGCAAUGUGGCCAUUGCCACAUAUGUAACUAUGGAAGAAAAUAGAUUUUUUUCUCUUUCGUUCGCUCCCUACUUUGAUAGGGAACGGAAAGUUUAUAGUGAGGGUGAGGGUGAGGGGUAAAAAUGAAAUCAAUGCAAAGCAGCUAUUACAUGGCUUUGGAUUGUUACUCGCCGGUCCAAAAAAAUGAGAUCAGGAACUGACAUUUACGUCCAUUUUUCUUGUCUCUGUGAUUUAAUUGGAAUUUUUUUUUAUCAUCUAGUAUAAUAAGAAAUAAAAUAUUUUUUCUCGACAUUUUCCCAAUCGAUCUUUUCCUGUCGACCUUUUCCUGCUGACCAUCUUUCCAAUUCGACAUCAUGUCUUUCGGUGUUUUCUAUGUAUAUGUUUUCCUCUUCGACGUUUUCCUACUUUUUUUUCGACAUUUUCCCUUUCUGCGUUUAACACCAAACCCGGACAAUCAGGGCCACAAACAGGGAUGGACUAUUGACCUGUAAAUUGGGAUAUCUCUCUGAGAUACUAUAAAAUCUAUCAAAAAAGCCGUCCGAUGUAGUACGAACGCUCCAGACUGUUUUCCGUUCAUAGUGGUGUGAGAUACUAGAAAAGGACUCUGUCGAUCAGUUCAGUUUCGAAUAAGAAUAAGUGAAAUAGUCUGGACAAACAACCUACUGUGAGCCAUACCAUAUUCCGUUUCAUAUAAAGUUUCACACAACGGUGUAUGAUGUUUAAUACUUUUCAAAGAAAAAACAACUAACAUAUUCGACACUAAUUACAGUGGCAUGUUUAACAAUCAAACUUGACGAAUGUGUAGAGUAUGAUAUAUACUAAUCGAUAUAAUUUUAUAUUUAUGUAUGACUGAACAUCAAUAUUUUUGCUUACAUAUACGAUGCGUUAUCAUCAGAUUGUGCAAUGAUUUCCUCGGCUCCACAUUGUUUUAACUCAUGAAUUACUUAAUUACAAACAUCUUGUCUAGCUUGUAAUAUUAAGUCUGAUUAAGCCAUAACAGAUUCGUGCGAUUUCCACCAUUCGAUAGCCAAAACUUGAGGAUGUCCUUCACAAGCAUAACUGACUUUCGAUAAAAUUUUCGAAGCCCGUUUUGCAGAGGAUCUUUGGAAAACCAGCUUGCACUUUCUGAAAAUCAAAUAGGAAUCUAUUGAUUUCUGCAGCCUAUAUAUAGUCCAAAGUAUCCCCGACACAACUGGAACUACGCGACGUCUUGAAAACCCGUGGUUCGGGAGCUAUGGACGUUUUUCCUGAAGCCUCAGCAUUCCUCUGUCGUUAGUUUUGCGACGGUCAGGAAUGAAUGGAAACAUAGGUGAUCGACUACGCUGAAUCUCAUUGCAAUGUAAGUAUUCAGAACGAAAUGCAAGAACCGAGUGAAAACCUAUACUAGGUGAAAUAACCCAUUGUCGAUUAUUUUCAUCAAAAAUGAAAAAAUUCAGAAUUCAAUCAAAAUCCAUCCGAUCUACCUUAGAAUGUCAGGAAAUAUUCUAUUUAUUCGCUCAUCCUGAUUCUAUACGUUAAACCAAUAAAAGAGAUUCUUUUAGUUCUGAAGGUUUCUCGGAAACCUCUCUAGAAACCAAAGUAUUUUCUGUUUUUGUUUAAUAUUAAUUGCUUUUCGGUGUGCUGCACAUAAAAUAGAGUAUUUCCUGAUAUUCUGAAGUAGGUUAGAUGGAUUUUGACUGAGUUAUGCAUUUUUUAAUUUUUGAUGAAAAUAAUCAAAAAUGGGUUAUUUCACUUAGUAUAGGUUUUCACUCGGUUCAUGCAUUUCGAAAACUAACAUUGCGUCGAGAUUCAGCGUAGUCGAUAAACUAUGUUUUCAUUCAUUCCUGACCGUCCAAAACUAACGGCAGAGGAAUGCUGAGGCUUCAGGAAAAACGUCCAUAGCUCCCGAACCACGGGUUUUCAAGUUGUCGCGUAGCUCCAAGUUUGUACAGGACACUUUGGACUAUAUAUCAGCUUCAGAAAUUAAUACGUUUUUAUUUGAAUCUCGGAAAGUGUAAACUAGUUUUCCAAUAAUCCUCCGAAAAUUUUAUCGAAAAUCAGUUUUGCUUGUGGAAAGAUAGCCUCAAGUCUUGGCUAUCGAAUUGUGAACAUCGCAAGUCUUUAUCUUUAUCUUUGUCUGACGAUAAGUUAUUCAAAAACUAGCCACUACUCUUCUAUUUUGACUCCAGUGGUAGAAAUAGAUAGAACGUUACGGUUUUCGUCAAUCGAAAGCUGAGACUUUGACGCAUCUUUUCAUAAAAAGUACGUUUGAAAAUCUUUCUUAAGGCAGAUUCUUCAGAGAGCUGUUCUAGAUAAACAUGUCAAAACAGAGUGAAAAAAGGGAAAUACGAAAUGAUAAGAAAUAAAUAAAAAAAGUGGUUGAAAUCAACAAAAGAGACAUAGAAAAAACCUAACGACGAAGUUAGCGAAAAUAAUAAAGAGUCAACAAAAAUAGACGUCUGCGCUGAUUUGAGUGUUAUUUUUCUUCAAGUUCUGACUCCUUGCCCGAAUUAGUAAUCUUGCCAGGCCAAGAAAGAUAAAAUGGACAAUGUUGAGCUAAAUUUGUUUUCCGUUUCUCCCAUGAGAAAGGAAGAAGGUUGAACACAUAAUUUUGAUACACAAUGAAUAUACAAUGUGCAAGAAGAAGAAUAAACACUUCCCGCCCGUUAGAGAAUCUAUGGUUUCCGAGAUAGUAUCUUGCCUAAUCAGGUAAGCUGCUUAUUCUAGCAAUAUUUCUCGAUGGGGUAGGUGACAACGAACUGAUUUUACUAUAUUUUUAUUCUCUGAAUUAUUCGAACGUUCAGUGGAUAAAAUCUUAUUUUCAAGAAGAAAACAUAUGUAGACGAAAGAGAUGUAUUGAGGGUGCUAGAAAUUGAACAUAUGACUUUGUGUCUAAUAUGUAAAGCUACUAUGAAUGAAAAGUAUAGAAUAACAGAACUAUUAUUGAAUAAGAAUAGUAAAAAGAAGGAUAGAAAUCUCUUGUGCAUGCAUAUAAAGAAGAUUAUAGAUAAAUAAAAGACUAAAGAAGAAGAGUAAUAGGAGUAUGGAUGCCUAUAAAGAAACGUCAGUCUGUUCUGCUUCUAUCUUCUGUUAUUAGAGGUGUCAGGAAAACACAAAUUUUUUAAACGCCUUUCACUUAAAGAUUUCAAUUAUACGAGGUGUCCGCAGCGUACUAUCUAGUAUUUGCGAUCUUGUGGAUAAUAAGGCUAAGAAGUAAUGGUUAACUGAGUAGUGGUUUUAUAUUGCAGAGAAAAAGCAGGUGUUGCUGCAGCCAUACCAUUUAUUAUGUUCGGAUGUCUUGGUCUACUGUUUUUGACAGUCGCAGCUGCUAUAAUUCUUGCAUUAAUACCCAUCUAUUUAAAUGAAAGUACAACAACACCAAAAUUAUCCCAAAGUCAACUGGCAUUAAUAACAUUUUAUAUUGCUGCUGUUGGUAAUAAUACUUUACCAUCUGGUGCUACACUUUCUAGCGAUGCUUUAAGGGCUCUUCGAGCAAGAAUCCUAUUAUUCUUACCUUACCAAUAUAUAUCAGACGUCAAUGCAACAAGUGCAACAGCUGAACUUGCGAAUGCACCUAAUGCUAUUUCUAGUCGACGUCGCCGACGGGAGUAAGUAUAUCAAAUUUCUUAUUUUGGGUGGGUGUCAAACACCUACGAGUCACUACACGAGAGCUACGAUGGCCAUUUCAGAUUUCUGUUUAUCGGAUAAACAGACUUUACCUAUCUAUAUCCGAUCCUUUUAUAUUUGGUUGAUAUUAUUGGCCCAAUAACCGGUUUAUUUCAGUGGACUUAAUUAUGACAUGUUCUCGAAGAAAGGUUCGAGUAAAACAUAAUGUAAUCGACUGCCACUUAGUCACAUAGUUACUGGAAAACAGUAACAUAUUCUUAUUUUCUUCAAUCUCAGUUGUUAGAUCUAAAAUUUCUGGAUGCGACUUGUGUCGAUCUGACCUUAACAUUUCAGCCGUACUAAAUCCGUGCUAAUGUUUUAGUGUGUAAAAUAUCUUUCUGCUGAAGUCAGUUUUUGAGUCGAUAGUUGAGAAAGCGGCUAAAAAAACGAGAAAAAACUUUUCUUGUGUGGUUGUGCUUUUAAAUAUUACUACUGAUUCGCGUCACCGCUAAUAUAAAAGUAUUCGCUAGUUAUGUCUGCGUGUUAUUUGAACGAAAUCAAAAUGCGUGCCAAAUUUUCUCUUCUGGUGUAUAAAGAAGUAUAUAGACAAAACAGAAAAGUAUUGUGUAAAUGGAAUAUUG